AUGGGGGUCCGCAUCACUUCGUGGAAUGUAAACGGCAUUCGAAAUCCGUUCGGAUAUCAACCAUGGCGAGAAAAGAGGACUUUCGAAGCCAUGUUCGAUAUCCUUGAGGCAGACAUAGUUGUCAUGCAGGAGACUAAGAUCCAGCGCAAAGAUCUUCAGGAUGACAUGGUAUUGGUACCUGGCUGGGAUGUCUACUUUAGUCUCCCUAAGCAUAAGAAAGGAUACGCCGGUGUAGCAAUCUACACACGAAAUUCAGUAUGUAUGCCAAUCAGAGCAGAAGAGGGAAUAAUCGGAGUUUUAUGUCCGCCAAAUUCUUCGACCAAAUUCCGAGAUCUUUCUCCCGAUCAGCAAAUAGGGGGCUAUCCGAGACCGGGUCAACUAGCAGGUCUAGCUGACGAGGUGGCGCUUGAUUCUGAGGGGCGAUGUGUCAUUCUUGAGUUUCCCGCUUUUGUUCUUAUCGGAACUUACAGCCCAGCAAAUAGUGAUGGGACUCGAGAUGAUUUCAGACUAGGCUUUCUUGACGCGUUGGACGUUCGGAUACGUAACCUGAUAGCCAUGGGCAAGAGAGUCGUCUUGACAGGCGAUCUCAACGUUAUACGCUCAUCGCUUGAUACCUCUAACCUCAUUGAACGGCUAAGAAAAGAAGGAAUGACUAUUGAAGAUUUCUUCUCCGCCCCGUCUCGGCGUCUAUUUAACCAGCUUGUAUUCGAAGGACACGUACGCGGUCUAAGGGAUGAAAAUAGGGAGGAGGCGGUACUAUGGGACCUCGGUCGACUCUUCCACCCUACUCGCGAGGGAAUGUUCACCUGCUGGGAUACCAAAAAGAAUACACGGCCUGCCAACGUCGGCAGUCGAAUCGACUAUGUUCUCUGUAGUAACGAUAUGAAGGCUUGGUUUGAGGACGCAAAUAUUCAAGAGGGGCUCAUGGGCUCCGAUCACUGUCCUGUCUAUGCGACAUUGAAGGAUAUUGUGAAUAUUGAUGGGAAAGAAGUGCAUAUUAGAGAUAUCAUGAAUCCUCCCGGAGUUUUCAAGGACGGAGUUCGGCUUAGGGAUUGGACUACGAAAGACCUUCUACCAUUGUCGGCAAAGCUUAUUCCAGAGUUUGAUCGCCGACGAAGCAUCAAGGAUAUGUUCUUCAAGAAGCCCGUAGCGCCAAAAUCGACAUUGCCGCCAGUCAGUGAGUCAUCAGGAAACCCUAGCCAAGAACCGGCCAAAAUUGAACCAUCGGCAAAUGAAGAACCAGCCAGCACACCAGCUUCACAACCAGAGUCGGUAACUUCAGCACCUUCGCCAGCUAAACCCAGGGCGGGUGGCCUCAAGCGCACACCAUCCGGUGUUACAUCCGCCAAUAGACCACAAAAGAAGACGAAAGCAACAUUGACCAAAGAACCAUCCUCAAAGGGACAGAGCAGCCUAAUGGGGUUCUUCAAACCUAAAACUACAGCAAGUCCAAGCACGACUCCUGAAAUGAAAGAAGAUCCCAAGUCAAUAGGAGGGCUUGACGGCAUUUCAGAUGUUGAGGCGUCGAUAGAAUCCAGUAUCACGGACGAGGCGAAAGAUACUUCUGAGCCAGUUAGUCCCGGAAGGGUAUUCGAUCCCAUCGAGUCCAAGGAAUCUUGGUCCAAGCUACUCGGCAAAAGAGUCAUGCCUAGAUGUGAACAUGGGGAGGACUGUAUUAGUUUAGUGACCAAGAAGCCAGGCGUUAACCGAGGCAGGUCGUUCUUCAUUUGCCCCCGGCCGAUUGGGCCAUCAGGGGAGAAGGAAAAGGGGACACAGUGGCGUUGUGGGACAUUUAUAUGGAGUAGCGAUUGGAAUGGAUCGCAAGCAGGGUGA